AUGUCGUUCGAAGCUUCUCACUCACAAGAUUCUUCUAUUUACUCCAGGGACCAAGAGGGCCUGCCUAAAGACUCAGCCUCGCAGUUAAACACUGGAUUUAUCUCUCUAAUCGAGUCAGCGCAGGCGCCAAGCUACCAACAAGGCUUUCCAACCCAAACGACGACUUGGUCAUUUAAUGCGCCAGCGCCAGCCUUAGAGAACCACCCAGAGCCAUCACAUAACUUUUCGACCUCUCUGCAAAGAUCCCAUAAUUCAACGGCUUCGCUAGACUCUAGCGUCAAUAUUCCAUCUUCUAUUCUACAUCCCAAUACACCUCUUGCUGGACAGAGUGAUCAAUCCUCUUUUGACAUUGUUGGCCGUGAAGAACAAUUGACUGACGACCAAGGAAGUGGCCUUGGUAUAACAUCAUACCCUAUGUCCGUAGCAUCAGAGACAUAUUUCGCUGGCCCGAUGCAGCCUCACUCUCAACGUAAGACGACAGGCUUGUCUUCCCCGGGAAAUUUCGAAUCAGAGCGCAGGCACAGUUUCAGAGCCUUAGAAGAAUUUGAGACUGACAAACCACUAUCAGAUUAUGCCUGGGCCGAUCGCCCUUUUCAACCGCUGCAGUCGCCGCCAGGGAACAUAAAUCAACAGUUCCCGCCUCCACAGCCAUAUCCCCAAACUGGAUACCCAGUCGGUUAUAGCGGACAGACCGGUGGACCUCUAUCUAAUUAUCACCAAGAGCUCCCGGCACCAUCAUCAUAUCUUUCUACUAGUACAGCGCCUGGUAGCGCUCAACGACAAUAUCAAUCUCGCAGGUGCGUAAAGGCCCCGAGAAUACGGAGCAAACUCGCAGGAUCACUACUAGGAAUACGAGCUAACAUAUGCCUCAGCCCAUCGAUAUCUCGGCAUUUCCCUCCCCAUUCAGCUGCCGGGCACAUGCCCGAUCAACCGCUUAUGGCUUCCUCGCACACAUCUUCAAUGAUGCAUGAUCCCAUAUAUUCCCACGACUCGGUGAACGCCGCGUCAAACAAAGAACAGCAACUUCAUGCGAUGGGCUCGCGACCAAGACCGCAGUGCUGGGAUCACGGCUGUAAUGGUCGAGAGUUCUCGACAUUUAGUAAUCUACUUCGACACCAGCGCGAAAAAUCCGGUGUGGUCGCCAAGGCAGAGUGUCCUGUUUGCGGAGCUGUGUUUACCCGCACGACGGCGCGCAAUAUUCACGUUGCACAGGGCAAAUGCAAAGGCGCGGGAAGAGAAUCGCCGAAUGAGUGA